AUUUGUUCUUUAUAUAAAUUAUUUGUUCAUUAUUAAAAAAAUUCAUAUUUGUAUUAAUAUAUGGUCACAUUAACUAGGCCACAAAGGGAAAUCCCAAAUGUUCCUCUUGCUUUCCGAUCUCCAUACAUGGUCAAGUACAAGGAUUUGUUCAAAGAUGAAGACACAAUGAACAAACUUGUAACAGACUAUGCUUAUAGUGGAAAAGAUCAAAGUGAGCUACUAUACUAUGAUGGAGUGAAUUCGAUCAAUAGGGAAGAGAUGAAAACUCUUGAAGGGGAUACAUUAGUAGUUAACAAUGUGAUCGAUUCAUGGGCAGUACUUCUGAAUCAAAAAAGGUCAAAGAACAAGUUAUACUUUUCAACAUUUCCACAUCAAAUUAUGUAUGCAAAUACAGUGUGUCCUGAAGGAUCAUCAAUGGAGCUUAGAAUGGCAUACUUCAAAGAAAGAAUAACAAAUGAAUUGAGGUUAUACAAAAUCAAGAGUGCAGUUGGAUAUCAACAGAUUUUUUUUCCAGUGGCCAUAUAUGCACAUUUCUAUCUUCUAUGCAUUGAUCAUAUCAAUGAGACAAUGCAUAUAAUUGACAACAGGAAACUGCCAAAACAUCAAACAAUUGCAACAAAGUAUGAAAACCAACCCCAAUUGGUGGUAAGUAUAUUGUUUAAUAGAUAUAUAAAUGAUCAAUUUGUUUAUACAAAAUGAUCA